GGUGAUAUAACACCCGGUAGAGGGCCGGCAUUGAGCAUUGAUGCUCCUCUCCUACUGCUAUCGUGUUUAAAAGACUAGCCCAAGAGAUCAAGCGUCAUUACUGAUAGCCUCUAGUGUCUGCUUAGAGCUCACGCUUUGUAGUAUUGUCCUCACGCUUGGCUGUUUGCUGCGUUGUAAAUGCUUUCAGACAACCAGUUCAUCUUUUGUACGAACGGUCCCCUGAUUGACUUCAGGCACAACAGAGGAGUGUACAUGUCUUCAGUCUACAACAGUAGCAGUAAAACCAGUGGAAAGAGAAAAGACUAUUACAACAACCUUCUUAAAUGGAAGACAGCAAUGGCCUCUAGUGGAACUAGCAUCACGACACCAGCUAUCAUCGAGACAGAAGCACCCACUAAUGGUGGACGAGAGAGAAGGCGAUCAUCCUCCCCUUUUGGCCACUUGCUUCACUUGACAAACGGUCUCCAAUCGGGCGAGUAUUAUAUCGGGCCCAGACUUAACACAGUGAGUCCAAGCCCAGUAAAGAGUGUCAGUGAAUAUAUUGCUAAGAAGACCGAUGGAGACGAGUUUGUUACCAUGAAGAUACUCUCACUCUCACCUGGAGGUAACAGUCCUGAAGAUAGUCAAGGGAAGUCCCUCAUACACAAUGAGCACUCCAUUCUCUCAUUAUUACAAGAUCAAAUAGGAAUCAUACAGCAGCACGGGCUGUACAGGGAAGGUAACAAUAUCAUCCUUGUACUGGAUUGCCUUUAUCAACACGAGUAUGGAUCAACUGACCAAUACAAAGAUUUUGUUAAUCUUCAGCAGUAUAUCAUUAAAGAGAGGAGACUGCCUGAACGGGAGGCACUUCAACUCUUCUAUCAAUUAGUCUGUAUAGUCAAAGAAAUACACAAGAAAAAGAUAGUACACAGGGAUCUUAAACUGGCUAACGUUGUCAUUAACAAGAGAACACAACAAGUCUUUUUAACUAACUUUGCUCUUGGAAAGCAUUUGGUACAUGAGGAUGAUCUACUGUCUGAUCAAAGAGGGAGCUUGGCAUAUGUCAGUCCUGAUGUGAUCAGUGGUGAGCCUUAUUAUGGCAUGCCUAGUGACAUGUGGUCAUUGGGAGUCCUCCUGUACACGAUGAUAUCAGGACAGUUUCCUUACUACGAUGACAUACCACAGGAACUAUUUAGAAAGAUUAAAAGCGGAAAGUUUGUCCUUCCGAGGGAUCUAGUGAUUUCGAUUGAGACACAGUAUUUAUUAAAGGAACUCAUGGAAUUGGAUCAGAGGAAGAGGCUAACAGCACUUGCUGCUGCUGAAACAACUCAAAGUAUCCUAUCAAGAAUAUCAUUUACAUUAACACGUGAGCCAGUACAGAUUGUACCUGAGAUAGUAUCAUCUCCAGCGAGCGAGUUCCUUGUACCAGAUCAAGACGAUUACAGCAGUACUCAUCAAGUUAACGUUACUGAGAUGUCAGCCCCAAGACUUCACUUCACUAUGGACCAUCAAGCGACUCCACAAAUGCCCAUACCUGUUGAGCGGGUUAGUCCAUCAGGACUGGCUAGUUGGUUGUCGUCCUCACCCACCACACUGAGCCCAAUGUCACCCCACACUCCUCCUCUCUUCAUAUAUCCUGAUAACACUCCUUCCUCUCUCCCUCCUCCUCCCCCUCCUUCCUCCCAGUUCACUAAUCCUUUCUUGCACAGGAUCUCUCCCCCCUCCUCCUCUCAGAGCUUACCUCUUGCCUUAUUUCAUCAUCAACCACCCGAAACUAACCCUGCCCCUCUCGACAUGCCUCCCACUCACCUCCAUAACUACCAGCAGCACCUUCAUCCACACUCCGCUGCCUCUCACCAUAGACACAGUUUCUCUGAGGGAGAUCCCUCCAGUAACCAUUGGCUGAGACGAAUGCUAACAUCAGCUCCUGUCCCUGUCAUGACUCAUGGUAGGCGGAGCCUUGGCUCCAUGGCCGCUACUCAAGAGUAUGUUAUUCGUAACAGACGGAACUCUUAUUCUCAGACCUUUGGAGUGGUCGGGACUGAAGGGCCUAGAGUGAGACGGAGGUCACACGAGCCGAGAGACAGUGAGCGAGAGAUACUCCAGAACUUAGAAACUGCAGGGAGAUUCAGAAUAGGAGAAGGAAGUGGACAACAGCAGCAGUCGCAGUUCAGUCGCUCCAGAUCAUCUAUUCACUGAAUGGUGUCACGAUCCUUGCACACACUCCCUCCCUCUCUCUCUCUUUUUUGUCUAUUUAUUUUUUUGAUAUCUCAUCAUUUUUGUACUCAAAACAACACAAAUUAUACAAUAAUGUGUAGCUGAUAUUAUUAGUUCUUAUCCUAUUUUUUUUAAAUCAGAAAAAGCAUUAUUUUGAUUCUGAAA